AUGAAUGCAACCAAGAUGCUCGCCCGCCAGCCCAUGAUCCGCUUCUUGGGCAAGCGCACCCCGCCCACCAAGAUCGACCACACUCCUCAUCCCCAUCCGGCCUCUCCCACCCACGAGCUCCCUUCGUCUUUCGCAUCCUACCGACAGAGGGCACAGCAGCACGGUCCGCUGAACACAGUCAACAGCACUGCCGUUGGCGGUCUCAUUGGCGGCAAGGCUGGCAGGUCGCUCGGUCCCGUCGAGGCAGGAAACGGCGUGUACUUUGACCGCUCCGAGCUCCCCGAGCGCUUUCAAAGGCUGUCCUGGUCGCAGGCUGAGAUAGAGGCCAUCGAGUCUGGUGGCGCCAGUCUCUUCGCCUGA